AUGCCAAAGAAGGAAAACAGUCAAAAAGAAGAGUCUGUCCUCCAGAAUGACCUCAGUGAAUCAUUUGAAGAAGAAGUUAGAGCAUUCCUCAGUGAUGAAGAGAAACUGCAUCUUUUUGAUGACCUUACAAAAGUUAAUCCAGUGACAACUACAACAGUUCUGAAAUGCCUUCAAGCAAGAUAUGAAGUAAACUUGUUUUAUACAAAUGCUGGCUGCAGCCUGGUGGCUUUAAAUCCAUUUCAGCCCAUCUCCUGCCUCUACUCACCUGAGCUUAUGAGGGAGUACCACAUUGCACUUCGUCCUCAGGAUUUAAAACCUCACAUCUUUGCAGUGGCUGAACAAACCUACAGGAACGUCCAAAGCCAGAUAGAACCUGUAAACCAGUCUAUAAUUGUUAGUGGAGAAAGUGGUGCUGGGAAGACCUGGACAUCUCGCUGCCUUAUGAAAUUCUAUGCUUCUGUUGCUGCUCCAGUUAUCUCUCCAAAAGGCAGUGAAACUGUGGAAAGGAUAGAGAAGAGAGUGUUGGAUUCCAACCCUGUCAUGGAAGCAUUUGGAAACGCGUGUACCCUGCGGAACAACAACAGCAGCCGGUUUGGAAAAUAUAUCCAGCUGCAGCUAGACAGAUUCCACCAUCUGAGCAGUGCUUCCAUUCAGACUUUCCUUUUGGAGAAGACCAGAGUUGCCUAUCAGGCCCCCAAUGAAAGAAACUUUCAUAUUUUUUAUCAGAUCACAAAAGGUGCCACUGCAGAGGAGAGGCUGGAAUGGAACCUUCCAGAAGGGGCUGAUUACCACUGGCUGCCAAAUUCUGAAAGAAACUUGGACGAGGACUGCUUCGAGGUGACCAGAGAUGCAAUGUUGCACUUGGGCAUUGACCGCUCCACGCAGAACAAUAUUUUCAAGGUAUUGUCAGGCCUUCUUCAUCUUGGAAACGUUCAAUUCUCUAAUCCAGUGGAUGAAUCUCAGCCUUGUGAACUAGAAGAGAAAGCCAAAGAUUUUGUGAAAACCACUGGAGAUCUGCUGAAGAUACCUGCUGAGGAACUGCUGGAAUCAUUAAGAAUUCGAACAAUAACUGCUGGAAAACAACAACAAGUCUUCAAGAAGCCUUGCUCCAGAGCUGAAUGUGAGACCAGGAGGGACUGCCUCGCCAAAGUCAUCUAUGCUAAAUUGUUUGAAUGGCUCGUUUUGGUCAUAAAUGAAAGCAUCUAUGCAGAUCCAUCAGUGUGGACCAGCUUCAUAGGUCUGUUGGAUGUUUAUGGGUUUGAAGCCUUCCCUGAAAACAACUUGGAACAGCUUUGUAUUAAUUAUGCCAAUGAGAAACUGCAGCAGCACUUUGUAGCACACUAUCUGAAGGCACAACAGGAAGAAUAUGCAGCUGAAGGGUUACAGUGGUCCUUCAUAAAUUACCAGGAUAACCAGAACUGCCUGGAUCUGAUAGAGGGCAAUCCUCUCAGCAUUUUUUCUUUGCUGAAUGAGGAGUGUCGUCUGAACAGAUCCUCCAACACUGACCUGUUUCAAACUCGGAUUGAGAAAGCCUUGUCUCAUAAUCAGUGUUUAAGUCGAAACAAGUUUAGUAAGAAGCCUAACUUCAUUAUUUCACACUAUGCUGGCAAGGUCUGCUAUCAGCUGGCAGCAAUGGUGGAGAAAAAUAAGGACCCCAUUCCACCAGAGCUGGUCCAUGUUUUGCAGAACUCUAAGGACUCUUUGCUUCAAAAAUUAUUUCCUGUGACAGAAAAGAACCAAAAUAACAUCAAAACCCAGAACAGAGCAGCUGUUGUUACAGUGGUGUCAAAGUUCAAGAGCUCACUUGAACAUCUCAUGCAGAUUUUGAACAGCACCACACCACAUUACAUCCGAUGCAUCAAGCCUAAUGCUGAAUGCAAGGCCAUGACUUUUAAAAAAGAAGAGGUUCUCAGCCAGCUUCAGGCAUGUGGAAUAGUGGAAGCCAUCACCAUCAGUGCAGCAGGCUUCCCUAUUAGGAUCCCUUUCCAGAGUUUCACUGAGCGCUACGGAAUACUGAGAAAAUCAUGUGGGUCCAAUAAAACCAGAGUGUGUGACAAAAGCAACUAUCCUACUGCCCUGAAAAAAAGCCAGGCUCCAGUGGUGGAUGAUGACAAAGCAUCACAUUCUGUUGUUUCUGAGAUCCUUCAGAAUGUUCUUACAGGACAAACUGCAGCUGAGCCAACAGGGAACAGAGCAGGAAACACUUCAGUGUACUGUGGCAAAACCAAAGUAUUUAUGGCCAAUUCUGUGCUGGAGCAACUGGAAGCUAGAAGGGCCAAGGUGUUAAAUGAGAAAGCUUUCUGCAUUCAGUGCUGCUGGAGAAGAUUUAAACACAAGAAACUAGUGAAGGAGAGAUGGUCUGCAACUGUCAUCCAAGCAGCUGUUCGUUCCUGGUUGGCCAAGAAUCGGUUCCAAAGGAUGCGCAGGGCUGCUGAUGUCAUUAAGCAUGGCUGGAGGAAAUGGAAAGCAAAAAUGUCUGCAUUAGCAGCAGCAGAAUUGGAUGAGGGUGAAGAAAAGGUGUUCACCUCAGUUCCUGGAGUCACGAUCUCAACCAAACCACCUUGCUCUUUGGGAACAACUUGGCCUCUGCAAGCAAUAAUUCAGUUCUGGCCUCUUGGCCUUGUCCUGGCUGCUGCUCCCGUGACUGUAACGGGCCUUCGGAGAGACCUGUCCCUCCUGGCACGCCUCAGAGUACUUCAGGAGAGUGACUGCUACAGGGUGGAAAGCUGCUUCUUUGGCUGUGGCAUCACUUCCAUUAGAGCCCUCCCACAGGGCUCUGUCAAGUUUCACUGUAAGAAGUCUCCCCUGCAUUAUGCAAAUGUCAGCCCCUGUACGGAUGCCUGUUCCAUCAGUGGAUUUAACCAGAUUUUACUGGACAGAAAGGAACUCCUUCCAACAUAG